UGCUCCACAUGUGUUUUAAUGUCAAUAAACUAGACGUAAAAUCUAACCUCACAUUUUGCAUUAAUAAAUUAGUAUUUAUUCGAACUAUGUUAAAAAUAUUAAGAAGUAUUACUUGUUCGGAAAGGAUUCGAACCGCAAAGCAUAAGAAGAUCAGGAUCAGAGAAUAUAGCCAUAAAGUGAUACAGAACAAAUAUCCAAAGAGGAUAUUCUCUGGAAUUCAGCCUACAGGAAGUGUACAUUUGGGGAAUUACUUUGGUGCUAUUCAGAGAUGGGUAGAGUUGCAAAAUUCUGGCGAAGAAGUUCUGUGCAGCAUAGUGGAUUUGCAUUCUAUCACUUUGCCACAAGAUCCAAAGAAAUUGAGAGAAAAUACUCUAUUAAUGACGGCGACACUUGUAGCUUGUGGUGUGGACUUUAAAAGAAGCAUACUUUUUCAACAAUCUAAAGUGCCGAUGCAUGCAGAAUUGUGCUGGAUUUUAGGUACUAUCACAACCAUGGCUAGGCUAGCACAUUUACCACAAUUCAAAGAAAAGAGUGAAUUUUUGAAGAAUGUUCCCUUAGGCUUGUAUAUCUAUCCUGUUCUGCAGGCAGCUGAUAUAUUAUUGUACAAAGCAACACAUGUUCCAGUCGGCCAAGACCAAGUCCAGCAUGUACAAUUGGCACAGGAUUUAGCACAAAUAUUUAACAAAAAAUUUGGACAAACAUUUCCAAUACCACAUACUCUUAUUGGUGAUGGUCCAAGUCAGAGGAUCAAAUCUUUACGGGAGCCUGUGAAAAAAAUGUCAAAAUCGCAUAGUGAUCCCAAGUCGAGAAUAAGUCUCUUGGAUGAACCAGAUGUACUAUUGGAAAAAGUGAAAAAGGCUGUGACUGACUUUACUUCAGAAGUGACUUACGAAUCAGACAAUCGACCGGGAGUGUCUAAUUUGAUCAAUAUACACUCUCUGUUUACUGGAAAGACGCCGGAGGAAAUAUGUAAGGAAGCUGUAGGUUUAAAUACAGGACAGUAUAAAUUGGUAGUAGCUGAUGUGGUCAUAGAAAAAAUAACUCCAAUUCGCAAGGAUAUAUUAGAAUUAAUCAAAGAACCUAGCUAUUUGGACGAAAUUUUAAAAGAAGGCGCAGAAAGAGCUACAGAAUUUGCAACGGAUUGUUGGGUGGAAGUUACGGACAAAGUCUUUGGUAGUGAUAUAAUGCAGGAUGCGAAAAAUAUGACAAACACUGCAAAUAUUAUAUAGGAUAAACUUAGAAUCAUUUAUUGUAAAUACUAUAUCUUUUU